CUAGUCUAGACUCUAAUAGCUCUUACUUCCUUACUCUAAAGUUCUCUGAUUCGACCGUUUCAAUUUCUAGUAAGUAAACGUGCAGUAAAGUUAUCCAAAUACAAAACAUAAAGAAGCAUGGCCCUAUACAAUACAAAAAAAAUAUGGGCCUAGUCGGUAAAUGUUUGGAUUUGAAUGUCAUUUUAGUAAUCCCACUAAAACAAUGGCUUUUCAACAAAUGGUUUAAAAAAAAUAAUAAAUAGAAAGUAAAAUAAGAGCGAAUUUUCCCGCGAGAUUGGGCCGAGUGAGAGAGAAUGUCAGGCAGCGAACAAGAGCGAACAGCAAAGUCAGGGGCGGAGGAGCAGUCGCUGAGGGUAGCCGUAGCCAUUUCUCUUCUCCGAUCAAAGCUUCUUCAAAAGCAGCAAAAGCAGCCUCCUCCUCAUCCUGUUGAUCAAUCCGACGCUCUCCGAUGGAAGCGAAAGGCCAAGGAGCGAAAGCAAGAGCUUUUGAGACUCCGACAAGAUCUCAACGAAGCCGAAGAUGCUUCGCAGUGCGACUUGUUCCCGCAAAGCGCUUCUUGCAAGUGUUAUUUCUUUGAUAAUUUGGGGAAACUAAGCCCUAAUAAGCGGCUUCCAGAUCCUUCUCAGUGCAGAUUCAAUGAUGUCUUGCGACGCAGAUUUCUCAGGCACGUACGUUUUAAGGAAAGGAGAAGAAGAACAAGUAGUUCAUCCCAGCGACGCCAUUUUGCAGACAUAAACAGUGAAGAUGAAAUGGAGCAACUUAGGGCCUCAGUCGAUUUUCUUGUGGAGCUUUGUGAAACCGGUUCUCCUGUGGAGGAGACCAAUGUGGCAAAUUGGUCACACCAAGCUGCAGACUUUAUUUUAGCUUCAUUGAAGAACCUGUUAUCAGUGGCAAUGAAUGCGGAACUCAUAGAAGGAAUUAUCAGCAGCUUAAUCACGCGUUUGGUUGGAAGGAUGUGUUGCCCCUUGCAAGGAAACGCAUCAAAACACUCUGAACCUGAUGCUCAGUUUUUCAUUCAGCACUUGAUCCGAAAGCUUGGAAGUGAGCCCUACAUUGGUCAGCGUGCAUUAUUCUUAGUAUCUCAGAGAAUCUCUGUUCUUGCAGAGAAUUUCCUUUUCACAGAUCCAUUUGAUGAUGCUUUUACAAACAUGCAUCAAUGCAUGUUCAUGCUGAUCCAGCUUACAGAGUUUUUGGUAUCCGAUUACCUGUCAGAAUGGUCAAAGGAUGAAGGUUUUGACACCAUGGUCUUCGAAGAGUGGGUAGCAUCAAUGGUUCACGCACGCAAGGCAUUACAAGUUUUGGAAAGCAGAAAUGGGGUCUAUGUGUUAUACAUGGAACGAGUCAUAGGUGAGUUGGCAAGGCAUGUCGGCCUAAAUAUGUCCCUGCACAAGCUCAAACGCGAAAUUCUUGAUAGCCUGUUGUUCCACCACUGACUGCCCCCAAUUCUUCUUUCUUUCUUAUACUCUUGAGUAUGAGACUAAUCAUGAUUUCCGAUUUGACCGAAUUUUUGUACAUAUCUUUUUUGGGUUUCCAAAUCCUAUUUUUUAAUACAAAUACAAACACUGUCUUUGGUUGAGGAGGAUCUUAUUAGCCAGCAAUUCAAAGAAGAUAAGAGCGAUGUUUAGCUGAUA